AUGCCAAAAUGUAGCAAUAAAAAAUUGGCAUUAAUUGCAAUCAUUUUAGACGAGGAAGAAGAGAACAGAAACCGACGUAAAAGGAUAUGGAUACGAGAAAUGUUAAGGAAAAGAAAACAAUUUGGGGAGUAUCACACACUGUUCAAUGAUUUGAGUGAAGAAGAAACAUCAUUCUACAAAUACUUCAGAAUGUCUCAAGAUCAAUUUUAUAUUCUGUUAUCUAAAAUUGAGCGUCAAAUUACGAAACAAAAUACACCAUUUCGAGAAUCUAUAAGUGCUAAGGAAAAGUUAAUGGUUUGUUUAAGGUAA